CGUUUCUGUUCCCUUCUGUCUCCCGCCAAAACGAGAGGUUGUAAGAGAAAACUAAAACAAAGAGCCGCUGCUGUCACUAUCAGCAUUCUGCACAACUGUGAAAGGCAACCAGGAGAGGAGCCGUCAAAAGCACGCUUGGUCAACAUGCACGGCUUAGGCGGAGAGAGCACACCCGGAAAGCAUCAUAGCCACCGUUCGAUAACCUACGGCGAUGAUAUCGUAAACAUUCUGGCCAUUUACUUUCCUUCGAACGAUUUCACCGCCGAGGAGGACAAGUUGAUGCUAACGUCCGAGCUCCUUCACUUCUUCUCAACUACUCCCGGCCAAGAUUUUGUCUCGCAGGUGAAGGAUGAGAACGGCGCGUUGUUCUUACCUGUGGAUUUUCAACACUUCCGUAAAAUAUGCAAUGUCCAUGAGUUUUAUGCCACUUUAGAAGAUAAACCUAGAGCUGCUAUUUCUUGUAUGAGUGCAGCAGUUCACAAGGUGAUCCAAAGUAAUUCGAAACAUAACUUGCUGGAGGAUGGGAUGAGGAUCAACAUCCGUCUUCAUAACUAUCCAGAAUCAAUGAUGGCCCUCAAAAACCUGAAGGCAGCUUAUAUUGACAAGCUUGUAUCUGUUCGUGGAACAGUGGUGAAGGUUAGCACAGUGAAGCCUCUUGUCGUCCGGAUGAGUUUUGACUGUGAAAAAUGUAAAUCCAACAUUGCACGGGUGUUUCCAGAUGGAAAGUUUUCACCACCGUAUCUUUGCAAUUUAAAUGGAUGUAAGAGUAAAACUUUCAAACCGAUCAGAUCUUCAGCUAAAGCAAUAGAUUUUCAGAAAAUAAGGUUGCAGGAGUCACUUAAGUCUCAAGAUCAUGAAGAAGGGAGGGUGCCUCGAACUGUAGAAUGUGAGCUUACGGAGGACCUUGUUGACGGAUGCAUUCCUGGAGAUGUCGUCACUGUUACUGGAAUUAUAAGGACAAUUAAUAAUUAUGCGGAUAUUGGAGGAGGAAAGGGAAAGGGAAAAAGUCAAGGACUUUACUACCUGUAUAUCGAAGCGGUUUCUGUUAAAAACUCCAAGUCGCAAUCUUUAUCAGAUGAAAUGCAAGAUUCUGCAUCUAAUGCUAGAGCUACUGAGCUAUCUGAUUUAUUUUCAUUUUCUUCACGAGAUCUGGAAUUUGUGGUGAAGUUUUAUGAAGAGUAUGGUUCUGAUGUAUUCAAACAGUUACUUCAGUCUAUAUGUCCAUCUAUAUAUGGACACGAGCUUGUUAAAGCGGGAAUCACAUUAUCACUUUUCGGAGGCGUUCGUAAGCAUUCAAUGGAUCAGAAUAAGGUUCCUGUCAGAGGAGACAUCCAUGUCAUAAUUGUUGGUGACCCUGGACUGGGCAAGAGUCAGCUACUUCAAGCAGCAGCAGCUGUUUCUCCACGUGGUAUUUAUGUGUGUGGCAAUGCAACAACCAAUGCUGGGCUUACAGUUGCAGUUGUAAGAGAUUCAAUGACAAGUGACUAUGCUUUUGAAGCUGGGGCAAUGGUACUUGCAGAUAGUGGCAUGUGUUGUAUUGAUGAAUUUGAUAAAAUGUCUGCCCAACAUCAGGCCCUACUGGAAGCUAUGGAACAACAGUGUGUCUCUGUGGCCAAGGCCGGACUUGUAGCAAGCUUAUCUGCAAGGACAUCUGUUUUAGCUGCAGCGAAUCCUGUCGGUGGUCAUUAUAACCGAGCAAAGACGGUGAAUGAGAACCUCAAAAUGAGUGCUGCUCUCCUGUCGCGGUUCGAUUUAGUUUUCAUAUUACUUGAUAAACCUGAUGAAGUACUUGACAAGCGUCUCUCAGACCACAUUAUAUCACUUCAUGCUGGAAGUAGGGAACAUUCCUCUGUAAAAAAAAGACAACGAACUGGUUCACAGAAUGGUGCCAUAGAUGCAAGUGUAAGACAUGGGUCAUUAGCUUCAAGGUUGAGGCUUGACCCUCAUAAGGAUGCUGAUUUCUCUCCUUUGCCGGCCCCACUUCUUCGAAAAUACAUUGCCUAUGCUAGAACUUAUGUCUUUCCUAGGAUGACAAAACCAGCAGCAGAAAUUCUGAAGAAAUUCUAUUUAAAACUAAGGGACCAUAACACAUCAGCUGAUGGUAUACCCAUAACAGCUAGACAGUUGGAAAGUCUGGUACGACUAGCGGAAGCCCGAGCACGAUUAGAAUUGAGAGAAGAAAUAACAUCCCAGGAUGCAAUGGAAGUUGUCGAAAUAAUGAAAGAAUCGCUGUACGACAAAUACAUCGACGAGCAUGGAGUUGUGGAUUUUGGUCGAAGUGGGGGAAUGAGUCAGCACAAAGAAGCAAAACGGUUUUUAAGCGCGCUCAACAGCCAGUCAGAAUUGCUGCAGAAAGAUAUAUUUUCAAUCGCAGAUAUAUACAGUUUGGCGGACAGGAUUGGGCUAAGAGUUCCUGAUAUCGACACCUUUGUGGAAAAUUUAAACAAUGCUGGCUGUCUCCUCAAAAAGGGCCCAAAGUUGUAUCAGGUGCUAACAUCCUCUUUCUCUCGAAGUCAAUCGUCCAGGUCAAGAUCCUAAAGUUCUUUAUCGACUUGCUUCAGAAGCUUGAUCAAGCCGUUUUCGUACAUGCUUAAAACUAUGGCUUCACGUGUUUACAGAACAACUCUGCCAUAUCUCACAAUAGUUGUUUUUUUCUUUUUGCAUAUGACAUUAGUUUAUAUUCCAUAGAUGUUGUGCUUAUUUACAUUAAAGAAGUCAUCAGUUUGGUUCAUUUCAAGAAUCAAUUAUGUAAUUUGUA